AUGGCAGGAAACUUCAAGGUCUGUGUGGUUGGCGGUGCAGGCGGCAUUGGCCAGCCGCUGAGCAUGCUCAUGGCCAUGGACCCCAACGUCUCCGAGCUCUGCGUGUAUGAUUUAACCAUGGCGAUGGUGCCAGCAGAAGGUGUUGCUGCCGACCUGUCACACUUGAACAUGAAGUGCAAGGUCAAGGGCUAUGCGUUUGACAAGGAUGACAAGGCAAUUGACAAGGCUGGCGAUUGUUUGACUGGCUGUCAUUUGGUGCUGGUGCCUGCGGGUGUACCUCGAAAGCCUGGGCAGGACAGAAAGGACCUUCUCAACAUCAAUGCUGGUAUCGCCAAGAACAUUGUAGAAGCCUGCGCCAAGUUUUGCCCAGAGGCUGUGGUUGGGCUCAUCGUCAAUCCAGUGAAUUCUGUGGUGCCUGCCAUGUGCGAGAUGUGGAAGAAGAAGGGUGAGACUUCUCAGAGUUCAGCUUUUAUCACCACGCUCGAUGUGGUCCGCGCCGACAAGUUCGUCCACGAGAUGACGGGGGCGCCCAUGAGCGACGUCUCGGUGCCCGUGAUCGGAGGCCAUGCUGGCACCACCAUUUUGCCACUCUUCUCGCAGUGUCAGGUGGGCAUGACUAUCCCUGCGGACAAGAUCCCAGACUUGGACAAGAAGGUUCAGGAUGCUGGCACGGUGGUUGUCGCGGCCAAGAAUGGAAAGGGCAGCGCCACCUUAUCCAUGGCCUAUGCCGGAGCACGCUUGGGCAAGGCUGUCCUGGCCGGCCUGAAUGGUGAAGUGGUCACCGAAUGCGCCUACGUGGAAUCGAAGAUCACUGACUUGCCCUACUUUGCUUCCAAGGUGACUUUUGGCAAGCAGGGUGUUGAAACUGUCCACCCCUUGGGCGACCUCAACGACUACGAACAAGGCCGCCUCAAGGCGCUUCUGCCCGUUUUGAAGGAGGAGAUCGAAGCUGGCCUUGACUAUGAUGUUGCGUGGAUGCAAAAUGAGCUUCGAUAUUUGGAGCGGCUCCUGGCAGCCCUGCCAGCCAGUGAGCUGAGGAAAGAGGUUGCACACCUCCGGCGUACCUUUGAUUCCCUGGGCUCCAGUCGUGCUCUUGACACGGAGGCUGAACAUGGGGAACAGCGGGAUGCCGCGCUGGCGCUGCAAGAUACAGACGCCUCCUCCAAAUCUUUGCAGCACCUUGCAAGCUUUCUAUACCCGCAAAAAGAGCCUCGCAAAGCAGAGGAUGAGGUUCGAGUUCUUUCUGCAGAAGGCUCCCUAUCCUCAGAGCUUUGCCAGCACCCCGUUCUGACCUGCGUGGAAUCCGAUCGGACCAUUGUCAUGGGUAGCUUUGGCCAACUGGUCUCCUGGUCCGAAGAGGAUGAUGCCGCUGAACAAGCGCGAGAGCGAAUGGCCCUCCUGGAGCUUUCACAAGCCGGAGUCAAUUUGCUGGAGUUCACUCACUUCAUCACUGAGAAGCUGGAGCAGGAUCAGGAGACCUUGGAUCUGGUGGAAGAAAAGGUGGCCCAUGCCAGGGACGCGACGCAGGAAGCAGUGGUGACCCUUGCGGGCACAGCUGUCGACGAAGACCGGGAGAGGCGGAUGCUGCUAUGGCCUUCAGCCGGCUUGGUGAUGCUGGGUGGCUUGGUCUUCUGUACUUGCCCUGGUGCAGCACCAGCAUUGCUUUGUGCUGCUGGACGAGGUGCCUUGGUGGUGGGAGCCACGGUUGGUUCAAUGAGAACUUUGAGCAAGUUUCAGAAGCAGAUCAUCACUCAGAUUCAGGAGCAACUACCUCGCGUCUUCCAAAAGCUUCCGGCGGACCAGGUAAAGAUGGAAAAGCAACGUAUAUGGUAUACGGUUUUUGUCGUUUGUAGAGCUGGUGCUGGCACAGCAUAG